GCGGCGCGGAAGCGGCGGCCGGGCAGCCAUGUCGCUUUUGUCUGCGGCGCGGGCGGCCCUGCGAGUGUACGCGGUGGGCGCGGCGGUGGUCGUGGCGCAGCUGCUGCGCCGCCGCCUCCCGGGCUUCGCGGAACCAGGUCGUCCCGAAUGAGCGAGGCCCGGCCCGGGUGGCGCAAUGGAGGGCAAGAGCCUGGAGGGCGCGCAGACCGACCUCAAGCUGGUGGCGCAUCCGCGCGCCAAGAGCAAAGUGUGGCGCUACUUCGGCUUCGACACGAACGCCGAGGGCUGCAUCCUGCAGUGGAAGAAGAUCUACUGCCGCAUCUGCAUGGCCCAGAUCGCCUACUCGGGCAACACCUCCAAUCUGUCCUACCACCUGGAGAAGAACCACCCCGAUGAGUUCUGCGAGUUUGUCAAGAGCAACACGGAGCAGAUGCGCGAGGCCUUCGCCAGCGCCUUCUCCAAGCUCAAGCCCGAGGCCGCGCAGCAGAGCGCGCAGGAGCCGCCGGCCGCCAAGGCGGCGGCGGCGGCGGCGGCGGCGGUGCACGGCCACGAGGGUCGCAGGCAGCAGGAACUGACGGCCGCCGUCAUGGGCCUCAUCUGCGAGGGGCUCUAUCCCGCGUCCAUCGUGGACGAGCCCACGUUCAAGGUGCUGCUGAAGACGGCCGAGCCGCGCUACGAGCUGCCCAGCCGCAAGUUCUUCUGCGGCAAGGCCAUCCCCGAGCGCUACGGCGCCGUGCGCGACGCGGUCCUCAAGGAGCUGGCGGAGGCCGCGUGGUGCGGCAUCUCCACCGACCUGUGGCGCAGCGAGAGCCAGAAUCGGACCUACGUGACGCUGGCCGCGCACUUCCUGGGCCGCGCCGCCCCCCACGGCCUCUUCCUGGGCUCCCGCUGCCUCAAGACCUUCGAGGUGCCGGAGGACAACGCGGCCGAGACCAUCACGCGCGUCCUGUACGAAGCCUUCAUCGAGUGGGGCGUCAGCUCCAAGGUCUUCAGCGCCACCACGGACCGUGGCAAGGACAUCGCCAAGGCCUGCUCGCUGCUGGACAUCGCGGUGCAGAUGCCCUGCCUGGGCCACACGUUCGACGCCGGCAUCCAGCAGGCCUUCCGGCUGCCCAAGCUGGGCGCGCUGCUCGGCCGCUGCCGCAGGCUGGUGGAGUACUUCCAGCAGUCCACCGUGGCCAUGUACAUGCUGUACGAGAAGCAGAAGCAGCAGAACGCCGCCCACUGCAUGCUGGUCAGCAACCGCGUGUCCUGGUGGGGCAGCACGCUGGCCAUGCUGCAGCGCCUCAAGGAGCAGCAGUUCGCCAUCGCCGGGGUCCUCCUGGAGGACAGCAACAACCACCACCUCCUGCUGGAGGCCGCCGAGUGGGCCACCAUUGAGGGCCUGGUGGACCUGCUGCAGCCCUUCAAGCAGGUGGCCGACAUGCUGUCCGGGUCCAAGUACCCCACCAUCAGCAUGGUGAAGCCCCUGCUGCACAUGCUUCUCAACAGCACGCUCAACAGCAAGGAGACGGACUCCAAGGAGAUCAGCAUGGCCAAGGAGGUGAUCGCCAAGGAGCUCGCCAAGACCUACCAGGAGACGCCCGAGAUCGACAUGUUCCUCAACGUGGCCACCUUCCUGGACCCGCGCUACAAGAGGCUGCCCUUCCUGUCCACCUUCGAGAGGCAGCAGGUGGAGAACAGGGUGGUGGAGGAGGCCAAGGGGCUCCUGGACAAGGCCAAGGACGGCGCCUACCGCGCGCCCGGGGACCAGCUGUACGCCCCGCCCGAGGAGCCCCCCGUGAAGAAGCCGGCGCCCUCGGCCACGCCGCCGCCCGCCAGCGUCAUCCACGACAUGCUGGCCGAGAUCUUCUGCCCCGCGGCGGGCGUCGAGGACCAGGACGGCUGGCGCGCGCAGGUGGUGGAGGAGCUCAGCAACUUCAAGUCGCAGAAGGUGCUGGGGCUCAACGAGGACCCCCUCAGGUGGUGGUCCGACCGCUUGGCGCUCUUCCCGCUGCUGCCCAGGGUGCUGCAGAAGUACUGGUCCGUGGCGGCCACGCGCGUCUGCCCCGAGCGCCUCUUCGGCUCCUCGGCCAACGUCGUCAGCGCCAAGCGGAACCGCCUGGCCCCCGCGCACGUGCACGAGCAGAUCUUCCUGUACGAGAAUGCGCGCGGCGCCGCGGCCGAGCUGGAGGAUGAGGACGAGGGCGAGUGGGGCCUGGGCCACGAGCAGGCGUUCCCUCUGGGCGACGCCGGCCACGCCGGCUACUUCGGCCUCAGGGACGGCAGCUUCGUGUAGCGCGGCGGGGGAGGGUUGGGGGAGGGGACCGCGCGUGGGCGCCUCUCGUCGAAUGCUUGGCUGUCAGUACUGACUCCGCCGGUGGGCGCGCUGCCCGGGACAGAGGAAAUGCACAAAACAGAGAGAUGGACCUUUGGUGGGGCUUCGGGCGGCCCAGAGGACAGAGACGGCCUUUGGUUGCCCCAAAGGAGAGAGAUGGGCUUUGGUUGCCCCAAAGGAGAGAGGUGGGCGUUGGGUGGCCCAAAGGACAGGUGGGGGGCUUUGGGGGUCUUAGAGGACAGAGACGGGCUUCGGGUGGCCCAGAGCUGGUGAAAAUGAGCGUUUUCUCUGGAGGGGCCCCUUGGGGAAAGAAAUGACUUAUCAAAGCCCUAGAUGUCCGCUGAUAGGAUUGCAAAUGCUGAACUCCGCGACAGAAGCACGGCCGGCAGGGAUGUCUUGCCCUCUAGAUAAUUCCAUACCUGCAGCAUUCGUGUUCUCUGCGAGGGACGGUUUGGGGUAAAUCGGAGAAAGAUUGAAACCGACGGGCAGCUGAGGAUGAAAGCCCCGUGUGUCCUCCACCGACCCCAUCCGCGGAUGUUACCCGUUGGUUGGUGAAGGAAGCUAUUUACACUGUCAUUUACGUGGGAACCUUGCCUCUGCGUAGCCGGGGAGAGACACUCUCGCCAGACGCCCUGUUUUCAAGAGACACCAGUUUUGUGUUUGGUGGAAAAUGUUACCAGUGAGCCUGCAGUGCAACCGCUUAUAAAAAAAAAA